AUGGCCGUAUGGCCUGCGAUUCAGAAAUUGAUGCACGACAAAGCAUCGGUCGUCUUCCCUUUGCUUUCCCUCAUAGGUCUUUGCAUAUAUUCAGUGUACACUUACGCCCAAAACAGGAGGAAACUUCCACUGCCUCCGAAACCGCGAGGCUUGCCUAUGCUUGGCAACACGAUCGACUUCGUCAAAGCGGCAAAAAAGCAGGAAAUACACUUGCUGCUUCAGAAAUGGGCUGAGCAAUAUGGAGAGGUCAUGCGAGUUCAGGUAGGACCUAUGACAAGUUAUUACAUGAACUCUGAUCAGGCUGUGAAAGCACUGUUCGACAAGUCUUCUGCUCAGACCUCAGAACGUCCUAGAUGGAUUGUUAGCAAUGAGCAACUCUGCAACAAAUGGAAUGUUCUACUGCUUCCUGCCAGUGAUGCCAGGUGGAAGCUUCAGAGGAAGCUUGUCCACUCUGAAAUGACUAGCGUGCCCAUGUCGGAUGCUGGUGUGCCUUUCCUCCACUUCGAGACAGCCAAGUUUCUACAUGAAGUCGCCCAUGACCCUCACGCCGGUACAAACUACCAAGAUUUGUGGACUCAAGUUGGGCGUUACACGUAUAGUAACUUUGCCAUGCAAGCCUUCGGCUUCAGCAUCGACACCGCUGCCGACGAUAGGAUUCAAUACAUCCAUGAGACUGGUGCUCGCCAAAUCUUCGGCACACUCCCAGGAUCACACAUCGUCGAUAUCCUUCCAAUCCUUGAUCGCCUGCCUCUCUGGCUGAAACCGUGGGAACGGUCCGCUCGAGCUCAUUUCCUCAAGGAUCUUCAGUGGUGCCGAAAUCACAUGGUCCAGGUGCAAAAGGAAGACAACCCUCAUAGCAAUUUCUCCAUGCUCAAACGAAUCCUCGCGGACGAGAAGCGCUUGGGCAUCUCUAGCAAUGAUGAGGCCGCAUUUCUCAGCCUUCAGCUGAUUAUUGGAGCGGCUGACACCAGCCGCAUGAGUACAUGGUCUUUCCUCGAGGCCAUGAUGAUUUACCCCGAGGUCUUGAGGCGUGGGCAGGAGCUCCUGGAUGCUGUGGUCGGCGACAGAGUUCCGGAAUGGGAGGACCUGAAGUCCCUGCCUUACGUCAGGUGCCUGAUGAAGGAAGUGUGGCGCUGGAGACCGCCAGUGGCUCUUGGUCAUCCCCACACAACGACCCGAGAGCUUGUAUACAAGGGCAUGCGGAUUCCCACCGGUUCAAGACUUCACCUCAAUGCCUGGGCUAUCCACCACUCGCCGAGUCGCCAUUCCGACCCAGAGAUAUUCGAUCCCACCCGAUACGAGGAUGAUACCCUCACAAGCCAGCAAAGUGCUAAUCUGCCGGAUCCUACCAAGCGCGACCACUUCGCUUUCGGGGCGGGCAGGAGAAUUUGCCCCGGCUUGCACGUUGCAGAGAGGUCACUUGGUGUCGCUAUCAUGCGGAUACUAUGGGCAUUUGAUAUCGGAAUUGCUCCUCGAGCGAAAAUGCCACUGAAUCCGAGUGAUUACCGUGGUUUCAUGCCUGGAAAUCCGGGUGCGGACUUGCCCGUCACGCUCACGGUAAGGACUGAAAGGAAGAGGCAGCUCAUAGAUGCAUACUGGGCGGAACAACAAGCAAAGGGGUACUAG